GUGGGUCCGUCAAACGGGUCGGGCGAGUCGGCAAGGAACACACGCGGUAUACAAAAAGGACCGACUCCCUCCCAUUUCCUUCCUUAUCAAGUCGCUCUCGAAGAUUCGUUCCCCACUAAAUCGCUUGAAACAGCCGUCGAAGCGUCGAUCCCCCGAGCGCGCGUCGCGAUUCGGCGUUCCUCCUUUUGCUUCGAAAAUGGAUCCAAUGGCAACGCAGUGUACUGUGCUGGCUUUGACUGAUGACGCGGUUAUGCAAACGAAAGCAGUUUUCAAUUUGAUUAGGGAGGUUGGAAUUGACAAGUUGGAGCAGUGUGAACCUCAAAUCAUCACGCAAGCAACUCGUUUAGGUCAACUGCCAGUAGAGUCUUCUUCUGUGGACUUCACCAUUGCUAUCUGCAAGUCAUCUGAAUUUCCUGGUACUAGCUUGUUCGAAGAAAUCUCAAGAGUGGUGAAGCCUGGUGGAACCAUUGUGAUUCGUAAGGCUUUAUUGUCUUUAGGGGAGGAUACAUCUAAGGCAUCCUCUGCUCUUGAACGGGAGUUGCUGUUGGCUGGAUUUUUAGAAGCACGGAAUCUUCCAAUUAAAUCAGGGGCAAGUUGUGAGGGUGUACAGCAUUUUAUGGUCAAAGCGACAAAGCCAUCCUGGAAACUUGGCUCCUCCUUUGCAAUUAAGAAGGGCACAAAAAGCUUAGGAAAAGUUAAAAUACUAGGCGAUGAUGAUGAUUUGAUAGAUGAGGACAGCCUUUUAACUGAAGAGGACUUGAAGAAACCGCAACUUCCACCUGGUGGUGACUGUGAAGUUGGAAGCACUAGGAAAGCUUGCAAGAAUUGCACAUGUGGGAGAGCUGAAGCAGAGGAGAAAGUGGAAAAAUUGGGAGUCACCCUGGACCAGCUAAACAAUCCUCAAUCGGCUUGUGGCAAUUGUGGUCUGGGAGAUGCCUUUCGCUGCAGUACAUGCCCUUACAAGGGUCUUGCACCAUUCAAACUUGGUGAAAAGGUCUCAUUAUCAGCAAACUUUCUGGCGGCAGAUAUAUGAAUCACUUUGCGUUCGCUUCCGUAGACUUCGGAUUACUGACAUGCGUGUGAUGUUGGUGACUCAGUUGUUCUUUGUCUUCAAUUAUUGCAGCCUAUGGGAAAGCUCUGGCAUCCUUGUCAAACUAGGAAGGUAGUGUGCAUUCUUGACAGGAUGAGCCAAAUUUUGGUUUGACAGGGUCUCUCACUCAAAAGGGUCAUAUACCGUCUGAUUGUAUUGCUUUCAUAUGUUGUGGUGAUGAUCUCGAUUUUUUUUUUUCAAAUAUUUGAAAAAAGGCUGACGGAAGAGUUUGUCUACUGUUUUAAUCAUUGUCAAUUUGUCAGUGAUGUAG